AUGCCGGCUCCGACUCAACAAGGACCACCUUCUCAAGGAUAUUCAUCAGAUGCAGCGAAUGGUCAAGCUGCUCCAGCGGCUGAGAUGAGUGUUAUACUCUGUACUGCAGGAUACGACCACUCGAUACGUUUCUGGGAAGCUUGGUCUGGUAUAUGCUAUAGACAAAUCACAUUACAACCUCAAUGGAAACAAGUAAAUCGUCUAGCUAUAAGUCCAGAUAAAGCUUAUCUAGCAGCAGCGGGUAAUGGUGCAGUGAGGAUAUGGGAUAUUGUAUCGCUAUCUAACAAUCCAAUAGCUACGUUAGAAGGACAUACUGCGAAUGUGGUGGCUUUGGCAUAUUCAGCUAUGGGUAAAUGGAUAGUAACGGGUAGUGAAGAUGGUUCAGUUAAAGUAUGGGAUACUAGGACCGCUCAAAUACAGCGUAAUUACUUGCACGAUUGCCCAGUAAAUGAUGUUAUCAUUCAUCCUAAUCAAGGUGAAUUGAUAUCAUGUGAUCAAUCAGGUUCGGUCAAGAUAUGGGAUUUGGCAGAUAAUACUUGUACACAUGAAUUGGUCCCAGACGAGGAUGUUCCUAUAAGAAGUAUAAGUAUAGCUUCUGAUGGAAGUACUUUAGUUGCGGGUAAUAACAAUGGAAUGAUAUACGUUUGGAGGAUAGUACCUGUUCCAGAUGGCAAUGCGAAUCUGUUACCAGUAACAAGUUUCAGAGCACAUUCGAAAUAUAUCACCAGAGUCAUACUGAGUCCAGAUACCAAAUAUCUCGCAACUUGUUCAGCAGAUACAACAGUCAAGAUUUGGUCGACGGAAGGACUGGAUUACGCCUUAGAGAAAACACUGCAAGGUCACCAAAGAUGGGUAUGGGAUGCUGCUUUCAGUGCUGAUUCAGCGUAUUUGGUUACGGCUUCAAGCGAUCACGCUGCGAGAUUAUGGGAUUUGAGUUCGGGUGAAACCGUCAGACAAUAUGAUGGACAUCAUAGGGCUGCUGUCUGUUGCGCAUUGAACGACAUUAAUUUAGCUUAA